AAACCUGGCAACCUGGCAGCUUGUGCUGAGACCGAUUGGCAAUCUGGCAAUGCGGAAAUAGAUCUGGCACCCCCGAGCCCGGACUGAGGAGAGAGGCGUGACAGAGCCGAGCAGAGAGGAGAGGGGAUUGCUUUGACAAAGAUAAAAUAAUCAACUCUUUCUUUCCUCUUAGCUUUUUUUUCUUUUUUUAAUUAAAGUGCUCAGGUGCGCGCUCCUGCACCAGCUGGGAUUUUUUUAUCCACCAGCAUUUGUUUUCCAACCUGACAAGUCUGAGAAGAAGGAAAGAAGAAGUGCGUUUUUAAGGAUUCCGGACUUCUUUUACUGACUUUUCCUCCCCCGUUUUCUUGCAUCAAGCAUGGAUGUGUUGGCGAAUUACAGUAUUUUCCAGGAACUCCAACUCGUUCAUGACACUGGUUAUUUCUCUGCGAUGCCUUCCCUGGAGGAGAACUGGCAGCAGACAUGUCUAGAGUUGGAGCGGUACCUACAGACGGAGCCCAAGCGACUCUCGGAGCUCUUUGAUGAGGAGCUGGACUGUCUCUUAACGCCGACCUUCAUGCAGGGUGGUGACAGUGACGAGGACCUGAUGGACCCCCUCCUCCCCAGCCUCCCUGACCAGCCCAGCCCACUUCCACUCCUGGUAACCCUCCCCAAGGUCCAGGCCAAAAUCCUCCAGGUGCCCAACCCCAGCAGGACCCAAGCAGAGGCAGGGACUGAAACCGUCACACCAAAGGACCAAGUCCUGGCAGGAGUCAGUGCCGCACAGCUCAGCGCCGCCGUCACAUCCCUAACACCACCAUCGUCACCAGAGCUCGGCCGCCACCUCAUCAAACCCACACAGACACUGACUGCGACGGCAGACGGUACACUAACGCUCAAAUUUGUGGCGAAGAAGGUAGGGCUAGGGGCGGCUAAACUGGUGGCAGCACGAGCGCUACCGUCACCGCCAAGCCGAGGCGGAGCCCUCAGUGACAGCGAGCAGGGAGGAGGAGGAAGCCUGGGAGGAGACGUACCAGAGAACAAAAAGAGAGUCCAUCGGUGCCAGUUUAAUGGCUGCAGGAAGGUUUACACCAAGAGCUCCCACCUGAAGGCACAUCAGAGGACUCACACAGGUGAGAAGCCCUAUAAGUGCUCAUGGGAGGGCUGCGAAUGGCGUUUUGCCCGCAGUGACGAGUUGACGCGACACUACCGCAAACACACUGGAGCGAAGCCAUUCAAGUGCAACCACUGCGACAGGUGUUUCUCCCGGUCGGACCACCUGGCCCUUCACAUGAAGAGGCACAUCUGAGGGCAGAGAGAAAAGGAGUGGGAGAGGGGAAGAAGCAAGAGGAGAAAAAGGAGGAGGAGGAGGAGGAGGAGAAGGAGAGAUAGGAGGAGGAGGAGAGGAACGGGCAGUCAAGCUACCAACCGCCCGCCUCGUUCACCCCGUCCAUGAACCAGUCUGCGGCCCCGGCGCCUGCAGGGCAGGGCAUCCAUCUGAGAGGGCGGCGAAGAUCAGUCGGACUGACGGCGCUCUCAUUGGAGACUGGGAUCGGAGGAAAACGAGGAGUAGCUAGAUUGUUGUUUUUCUUUACAAUUACACACUCACACACUUGCAACGUGAACACUCAACACACCCGUCUUUGAAUGCAUCAUCCCGGUGAACCCCGGCUGCUCUCACGCAGCUCUGGGGACUUGGACACUGCCAAACCAACAUAUACUUAACUUGCUUGAUGAAACAUUAACGCCGCCUUUUUUUCUUUCUCUGUAGUCAGUGUGUUUAAACCAUAAUGUCACUUUAGGUGAGGAGAUAGUCCAGUGGGGAAACUUUAAAUAUCCAUAUAGUCAGUUGUUAGUGCUUUACCGGCUUCUUGAAUUCCAAUACUCAACUCUUUUUCUUUGUGUUUUAAUGUUUCUCACACACGGAACGUAAGAACUCAUCAUCUGCCGCAGUCAGCUUCAGUAAUCUACCAGAAGAAAACAACAACAAAUCUGCAGGAGAGAGACUGAGCGGAUUGACUUCUAGCAUAGCUGACAAUCGAACCCAGGGCUCGGACGCUGGGUGUCUCGGUGCACCCAUGGGACCUCGGUCAGCGGGUGCCGCUGCAGCUCUCAGGCUCUCCUCCAGUGGGUGCUUGCAUCUCCCACCUUCACUGAGACGCCUGCCGCCUCCGCAGGCCAUCUGACAGAAAUGCGCAGCGACACUUUCUUCCCUUUUUUUCUACUUAGAGGACGAUAAUUCUUCUUAUUGUUGUUAUUACAAAGAAUGACACUUUGUUCUUUUCUCUCUUUGAGAAAAUGUCUUAAAACUCACUGAAUUGUGUUUGAGGAAAAAAAAACUGAAAAAUCUAAGAUGACUUCAACAGAAUGUGUGGGAUGAGAAGGAGAGCGUUGUUGGUCUUUUAAUCCCCAUGUGCACCGGCUCUGCUUCUGCAGUCUGUACGCAACCAGUGGAUGAACAGAAAAAAACAGAAUCAUACAAAUUCUCAGAAAUGGGAUUUGUAUUCUUUUUUUUUUUGUUGGACUAAAAUAAAAGCAGAGAGCGGAGAGGUCUUCAGUUUUUUGUGCUGUUCUUUCUGCCCCGCGAUUCACUCCAGCUGGUAAACAAAAACCCUCGCAUGACCCGCUGUGGUCUCGCGCUCUACCGGAGUCGGGCGGAGGACUCGCCAAAAACUGGAAACCCAUUUUUUUCUUCUGUCUUUGCUUUUUUUGUUGAUUCUGAGAGUCAUCCUGGAGCGCUUUCACAGGCUCUCAUCUCCCUGGCAGCACUGCGGGGCACGAACGGAGGCUGAGGAGCCGCUUUUUGGUUACUCACGUGGGACUUAAGACGCCAACCGACCUUUGCGCGGUGGUGCCGAACAGACAUGGUCGCACCAGCCUGGUCAAAAUUGCCUGUUUCGUAUCCAUUGACUGCACUGACUUUUUUUUUUCAAUGUUAUCUGUGCUUUUUUUUCUACAGCGAAAAAAGGAACACAAAGAAAAAAAAUCAUAAAAAGAAAAAAUUCAACACAAAAAACAAUUCUGUCUCGCUCUACACAUUGUAUACAGAACAAGCACACAUACUGCGCCAACACACACACACACACACACACACACACAGACUUACACUGCAGUUUCUUUGCUCACGGCUCCUCUUGAGAUAAGACUAAUAAGAUUUAGGAAAAUAAUUAUUAAACUAAUGAACAGAGUUGGAAAACAAAACACUGCAUGGCAGGCUUUAUUGCAAACACACACACACACACACACACACACACACACUCUCUCUCUCUCUUCCUGGAAUUAUAUGUUCUGCUCCCAGAUCUUUUUUCACAGUAGGAAUUUAGCAACUGUUGUUUAGUAGAAGAGUAUCUUAGCUCUCGGCUGGAGGUAACAAACGAUUCCAAAUCCUUUGAAGUGAGAAAUCAGCUUGUUCUCAGUUCCAACAAUCACCCACAUAUCCCUCGCUACAGUUUGUGCCUCUCAUUUAAUCAGCGGUUUUCACUUCAGAGACUCCGGUUACAUUGUUGGUUACAAUAGAGCGUACAAACCCCUGUUUCCUUUAAAAAUAAUAAGUGGUGAAAUGAUUGCAGCAGGUCUCUUAACAAAAACGUGUCGAAAACGUGUUGAUAAUCCCCAGAGGUGUCUCUGCUCUGACACUCAUGCACAGUGGAUUUGAAUGUCGUCAAGAUGAAUCCUAACGUCUUGACCCAAGCAAGGCAUUGCCACAUCUCGUUCUCUAAAAAUCUGUUAAAUUAGCUUUCUAAUCAUGGAAAGACCUGAAAAAAAAUUAAUCAGCUGAAACAUUGGGGUCUUGUGGUUACACCGGCAUUUAUGUUGCUAAUAUUUUGCACAGAAUUCAAUUAAUUUGAACAGUGUAAGAAUUAACUCGCAGCAGCAGAGUAAAUCUAUGCUGAAUUUAACUUAGGCACUAAUGAGCAAAAUAAAUAAGUAGAUAAACACAUUUUAUUGUCAAAGGCCUGUAGGAUGGUUCGCUUACAGCUGUUAUGCUCACAACUGCAGCAAUGUUUUGCCAUUUCUUGUUGUGACUGAGUGCUUAUAUGUGCUUUUAUGGGCAUGACUACAGUGGCCGACAAGGGCAAUGCACUACAGUGACCCAAAAAAUUUCCAUCAGGAGAAACGAUGCCAAUUCAAAGAUAAAUUCGAAAAUCACAACAAUACAUAAAACAACAAAAUCAUGCUGCAAGUGAAAAAAUUAGUUGCAAAAAUUUACUGGAAUCAUGACAAAGUCAAAAACGCACAAACCCCAAAAACAAAUGCAACCGAAAACGCUGCAUAUCCAGUCAACUCAACAGAAGAUCUACAGGCCUCAAGGAGGAGUGUGGUGUUAGCUAGCUGGAGUUAGCUGUCACUUUUUUAUAUUGUAAUAUUCUAAAAGGCUUACUCCGAAUAUAAAAAAGAAUAUGUACCUUUUUAUGUUGCCUCUUUAAAGUGGAUUUAUACUUCGUACACUAGUGUGGUGGUGUCUGUGUCACUCUGCAGGUACACCUCCAAAAUGCUAGUCGUCAGCAUGGUUUCUGUGAAGUGCUGUAAAGUUUAGCUGAUUCAAAACACACAUUAAACACACAUUAAACACACAGUACACAAAUCAGCUUCACUAUAUCUUGCAGCAUUCACGGACAAACACUUGUCUUUAUCUGGACACAUUUUCCCCACAAAUACAACAUGCUAAUGUUUUUAGCACAAGCCUAUGGCAUUUUACAUUGUAUAAAUUAGCCUAGCAGCUAGUGCACUUUUCCUCUACUCAUAUGAAGCCAGGAUAAAUCACACACAAGACUUUAAAUGCUAUUUUGUGGAGGCUUUAUUGUCUUCACAAUUUAAUGUUUCUUAUCUGUGAAAUAAAAGUAAAUAAAAGUUUUAUUAAAGCUCUUACCACUGAGGAAACGCGAUGUGUAGUUACAUUUCUGGGAAGGUGCAUGUUAGGCUAAGGCAUAGGUUACAGCAAUAGGUACCGCAAUGAUUUGGCGUAGAAGUAUAAAUCCCGCUUUACUCCACUUUUCUUUCCGCUUCAAAAACAAACCCACUCUCCUGUCAGGUCUUUCUCUCUCUCGGGUCAAAAAAAUUGUUGCACUUAGAACUCCCCCUACAGGCCUGGAGAACUUUCAUUGUGUUGACUGGACAUGUAGGGUUUUUUGUGACAUUUGUUUCCAGGGUUUGUGAGUUUAUGCAUUGUUUCUGUGUUUGCAGCAUUUUUGAUAUUAACAUAUUCUUUUAGUUUUCUGCUGCACGUUUUUUAUUUGCAGCACAUUUCCAUUAUUGUAUUUGUUUAGGAUUUUGUAUUUGUUUCCAAUUUGCAUUUGCUCUGAAGCUGCAGCAUGUUUCUCCUAAUGGAAAAGUUGUAGCAUGUUUGCCCUUAUUGGCCACCAUACAUGUCUUUAAAAACACACAUCACCUGCUGGCUUUUCAGAGCUGUAAUAACUGAGUUUAAUCUGUGACCUGAGCGUAAUCACUGAUGCUAAAAUCACUGAUGUAAGAAAUGAUACGAGAGGUAAAAACUGUGGCGAGCACAUAUCCACAGCACCUGCUUCCUUUGCUUAAUGGUUGCAGAUAAAAAAACAAACUCGCCUUGCAAUCAGGGCUUUACUGAUAUCGCCAACAUCAACACUGACACCGCUGCUCCAUCCACCCACCACCACCACCUUUAUAUGCCCCGUAGCAAACAGUCUAAUACUCACUGCUACUGUGACUGGUGCAGCUGGGUGAGGGUGCAGGGUUCCUGAAGCUGGCGGGGGGAUUUCACAUCCCAGCAUGCCCAGUCAUCGUGCCAGUUGGCCUUGCCAGCCUUCAUUAAGUGAAACAGUGAAAACAUUCCCCUUCGAGGGGGUUUUAUGGUGCAGCUUCGAACAAUCGAUACCAAAAACCUCCAGCGUGGAACUGCCCUUUAGCCACGGGCAGAGUCUCCCCCGAUCAGGAGAGAACAGCGGGAGCGCCGCCAUAUGAGGCCUCUUUAUCCAGCGGCAGCUUUCUCUACUAACUCUCUGUUUCUGCUAAAUAUGACGUAAAGCAACCCAUGUUUGAGAUGAAUCCAGUGUUUCACUUUUGAUUUCAUUUCAUUGUUAGGUUUCCGUUACAAAAGCUAUAUCGAUGGUUGUUUUCUUCAGCUUGGAUGAUGCAAAGUCACGCCAAAAUGUUGAGACAUGCAAUGGGAUGUGGAAGGAGCCCUCCUAUACAGGAAGUACAAUCAUAGAGGGAUGGGGAUUGUAGCACUUUUGUGAGGCUUUUGAUGGCAUGAAUGUGUAUAUGUGUAUGCGUGUGUCCCCGUUAGGCAUACUGUGAGGGAAGCAGUGAUUCAGCAAAGUGGUUGAUAACAGAUUUUUAACUGCUGAACAUGUGUGGGAGAAACGUUGGUCGAUACAUUUGCUUGUUUGAAAAUGUUUUUAAUGGAAGCAAAGGCUGACAAUGUGUUUAUUGCGCUUUUUUUCCGGACCCUUCAUUCAUUCAUACACAUCAUGGAGCUCGAUGACUUCAGUCAGAGAGAUGAAAACUUGCACUUCAUAUUACAACACAGUGAAAUCAGACUCCUCUUUGCCACAUACAUUUAAAUGACAUAUUUCUGACUCAUUAUUUUGUGUGUCUUUUCCACCUUCCCAAAAAUCUCAGAAUUUUUUCUGAUCAUUAAAAACUAAAGAAAAAAAAAAACAAUAAUUUAAAUAUAUGGACGUAAAUCAGAUCAUUGUUGCACAAACACUGCAUUUUAUUUACUGCUAAUAUCACAAGAGGAACUAAUUUACAGAAAACGGGAUCGGUGUCUUUUUGCAGCAGCCAGCAAACUUUUGCAUGCACGAUGACUUAAAACUGAAUCACCUCGUCACAUUUCGACGAUUGGUCAUGGACUUUUCACGUCCAGAUAUGACAUGAGUGAGACCCUGUUGGUAUUUCAUAAUUGAAAAUAUAUAAACUGGGAAAAUGAUGGGCCUUGAAGGGAUAGUUCUGAUUUUUUUAAGUGGGGUUGUAUGAGGUGAUUAUCCAUAGUUAGUGUAUUCCUUACAGUAGAUGUCGGUCAACACGCCCCCAGUUUGGAGAAUCAAACAGGGAUACUGACCCGCAAGCUCAGCAAUGUACAGCUGUGGACAGGAGCAGCAGCAACUCAUAUUUUAGCCACCUAAAAUAAUCCAUACCGGUUUAAGUGUACACUAUAUUUACAAUUUUUUCAACGUUUUUAUUGGUUUUUUUGACAGGGAACUGAGGCUUUCUUAUUGUCCUUUUCAAAGCCACCAAACUCCAUUGACAAAAAUGGUAAUUUUACCUCACUGAACACAGGAGCUGCUGGUCAACCACUGCCUCAGUUUUUUAGUUUGUUCAUGUUGUCUUUGGUGAAUUUGAACUAACCCUUUAAAACACCAAAAUCACACAACAACACAAAAACACUAACCAAUUGAGGCAGCAGUAGACCAGCAGCUCCUGUGUUCAGUGAGGUAAAAUUACUGUUUUUGUCUAUGGAGUCUGGCUUUAAAGAGAGCAUACAUAAGUUUUACAUUUAGUUCAGUUUCCCGUCAGACAUCAAUGUCUAACAGCGAGGUAAAGCUGUGAAAAUAUUCUAAAUAUAGCGUACACGUAAACUGAUGUUGAUUGUUUAAAGGGGCUAAAAUACAUUUUGUUGCUGCCCCCAUCCACAGCAGUCUAUUGCUCAGCUUCCAUGUCAGUACUCCAGCCUGCUUCUCCAAACUGGAGGCGUACCAACCGGCGUCUACUAUUGGUCAUACAUUGAUUAUGGCUAAGCACCUCAUAUAACCCCACUUCCAUCUUUUUUCAGUACACUCUGAAAGAAGUGCAUCACUUUCAGCUCAUUUCUCUGUUUUAUUUAGGGAUAACACAUUCAACAAUUUUGGCCCAAACCACAGACGAACAAAGUUCAAGAAGAUUUCAUAUAAAGGAGUGUAAAUUUUAAAAGUUAAAAUUGUAGCUGGCCAGCGUGCAACAAAUACAACUCAUGGCUCCUGUUUAAUUAAAAUCUUUCUUGACAUCCGACAGAUCUCAAAGUCACUUCAGAUACAAUUUCCCAUUUCAUUUCCAUCGAGUUGAAGCAGGUUUUCUGUCACAGUGUUGCUCCGGGUCUCUUGUCGUCUCUCAGGCUCCUCCAGGCCAGCUAGCAGCCGUCCCACAGCUCUGAUUAGCAUUAGCACUCCCGGGUCCUCUUCUCUAGUUGCAGUACAGCUAAUGAGAUAGCUCUGGGUCACAGGGAAACUGAGUGGUCUGGAGAAAAAAAACAACAGGGACCUUGAGCCGGACCAAUUCGGCGCCAUGUACCCGGUGGACAGAUCUGAUGAGGAACAAACACAAGAUCCCAUUAGCGUCGAGAAAUGCCAGGAGACAGUGAGAUAUAUUUGUCAAAGAGACUAAACUGUGAUGAAAAAAAGGAUUUUAAAAAAUCAUUUACCCACAUGAAUAUCCAAAUCAUUAAAUCAGCCCUUUGCAUUUUAUCUCAUGGAUUACAGAUAAAAUAAAUUACCAUUUAUCUGCAAAGUCCCAACAGAUAUUUAAUCCACUCCGUGUCCCCCAGCCCUCCCUUUUCCUUCGCAGUUAAAGUGCCAUUCUUGUUUCCCUCCAUCCCUCCAUCCUCACCCCAUCUCUCCCUCUCUGUCCACAGCAGUUGUCCAUGCACUAUCAGCUGCAGGAAUGCUGAAUGCACAUUUUACACAUUUUUGCCCAAAGAUUUGCAUAUUUGCAAGUUAACUGCUGUGAAUGUAGUAGACGUAGAGGAAAAGAGCCGAGAGGCAGAGACGCAGAAAAAGGAGAGUCGGAUGCAAGGUGGAAGGAGAGGGAUCGUUUUUCUUACAUGAUCGUCCCAUUAAAUCUUAAUUACCGGUAUGCUCCCACUCUUCAUGCUUCAUAACAUUCUCAGUGUCUUGUCUGCUGUCAGCUGCAGCCAAACUCAUCCUUCACAAAUGUAAAAUAAUGUUCUCAUGGUCUUAUAGGCAGGAGUGAAGAAGCUUUAGUCUCAGAUAGCUUCUUAGCACACUGCAAGUCGUAACGUCAAGUGUCAUAUUUCAAAGUCACAGAUGGGCCCAGACACACCAAACCAAUGUCACAGAACUAGUGGCAGUGAAGGCCGACUGUUUCAUCACCUGACGUCACCUGUGUCUUAGCCAAAAUGUUGCACCUGAACACACCGCUAAGACUACAGCCAACAGCCAACUAACAUGUAAGAGGAAAUAACUCUCCAUACUAGCAGACGGCGGUAGUCUGUAUUCAUCAUUAAAUGGUGAAACCAGAAGACCAACCGGACGGAUUCAAGAACUUCGGACACACUGACUGCAUUGAACGUCCAAGAACAACUAUUCAUAGUACAAAUGAGUGUCCUCAUCAGCCCCCAGCAGUAAACGAAGGGCUGGGAGGUGAGCUAACCAUUCUCUUACUGCCAGCGUUGGGUUUCACUAAACUAAAAUGACUCCCUUGGGACCAAAGUGUAAAAUAUCUAACUUAAAACUAACUUCACUGUGGUGCGGUGGCUGUGGCUGGCUUGACUGCAGUGUUUUGGACUGGAUUGGAUUGCGCAAAGUAAGAUUGGAGCAUGGACAGUCGGUGCACUUCCUGUGUCUACAGUCCGCUCAGUCACAAAAACAUAGGCAUGGCGGAUGUCGUGGACAUAAAAGGGCGGCAUAGGGUUUGUUCUGAGGACAAGGGUAAAUGAUGACAUUGAUAGCACAUGGACCAAAGCGGACUGUCAUGGAUAUGCAGACCCAGAUAUUUGACCUUGCCUGUGUCAGUUAGCACAUUAAAAAGGCAGCCAGAUGUUGAAAGAACAAAGUACGUUUACCACGCACCAGUGAAUAAUAACACAAUUACGAACUUUUCUGCUAAAGAGCUCAAUGGCUAAAAAAAAUGAUCUUACCUAACGCAACAAGUUGUUUCGAUCUCGCAUCCUCUUGACUGUAGUCUUUUGUUUACUUUCCUCACUUCCGUUUCUCUUCUCAUGCACUGAGAGAAACUGCCAAUCAGAGUAAUUUCUCUCACAGAUGGGCUGAUGCAGAUUUAACAUGCCGAAUCAGCCUGGAAAACAGGGGUUGACUAGUGCCAUCUGUGCGGGGCACAGCCAAAACAAUGGCGACAGACAUUCAUGGACUGCUUGACAUUGACCAUCGGCCGAAUGUUGGAUUGGUGUGUCAGGGCCUUUAACCUGUUGACUAUGGAAACAAAUGUUACAUCACCAACUUUGUACAAGUUUGCCAUUCUCAUACAUCAGAUGGUUAAAGUUCAGUGGAAAUCCAGAGGAGCAGUUUUAUCCUUUGGGAUUUACUAAAGGCGCUUUCACACUGGCAGGUCAGUCCUAAUCUGGGAAUGGUUUGCCUACAGAUGUUACAUUUUCUUAAGAGGAAACUGUGCCCAAAUCCACCUGAAUGAGGUCAUCAAAAACCAGUGCCAGACAAACUGUAGUACAGAUUGCGUGCAGUCAGAAAGCAGUUUGACCCCACAAGAUAAAAAAAAAAAACAUGUGAAUGCCAUGACAAAUUUUUUUUUGCCAAAUUUGGACUCAACCCAGUGUGAAAACAGCCUUUAGACUUCAUUUUUGAUCACAGCCAGUUGUUCGGACACAGUUCUUUCAUGGACCAGGCUUCAGUUUCCAUCAUUUUCUACCAUAUCACCCUGAAGAAGGAUUGUCACUUCUGGCAGCUUUUGUAAAUAGCGUGAGAUCUUACGCACACAGACAGCCACUCUGUGUGAAAUUAACCAUAUGUGGCGACGGCACCGUCUCAGACAUUUCAGCAUUUUCUAUAGAUCUGCUUUAGUUCACGCAAACAUUGCACUACAUGAUCAUACUUAGCUAUCGCACUCUCCAUGUGCACGCACUGCUAGCUUAGUCUGUUGGAGCACUCUGUCAAAUAUCCACUUAACAUUUGUUACACACCCAGGAUGCACUUUGCCACCAAGAACCAUGUAGUACAGGUCCACUCGCAAUCGAUCAGAGUGACAUAUCGACUUAAACCUCCAGUGAAAUGCCUUUUUCAUCUCUGUUAUUCUGGGGGAGUUCGUUGUACUUUGCAAACAUUCAGUCAUGCUGUGACUUGGUUGAACUUUCUUGGUUAUCAGUGGCAUCCCGGAGUGACUCUGUCUGUCUGUAACUACUGUGUUUGUCCAUGCUUGAUGUGUCAGUAUAUAAGAGAUUCACAGAUCUUUACUCCUCUCCUUGUGUCUGUAUAUUUCACCAUACCCACACCAAACCCCUUCCACCAAACCCAUAACCAUUCAGAGCCCUCUGAGGCCGAACUCGCUCAUAGUCUUCAGAAAUCCAGCUGUACUGGGAAGUAUUCUCAAGAGCUAUGCAGCUUGGGAGCGCCAAGCAGUUCUUUGGUGAGACUGCAAUAACUUCUCCACUUUACCAACUUAAUGUCCGAUCAGUCGGUAUAGUUUAAGUUCAGUUGAUCCAUCUUAGUAGGUGCUUUUCCAUCACUGUCAGUUUAUCUGCUCAGUUAGACCCUAAUGCCUGAUGCAUACUUGUAGUAGUUUAGGAACUACUUUUUGGAGUGCGGCCACUUUUUCCCCAACUCACUUAAAAGGAUUGACUUUUGAAAUGUUGUGUUUGUCUCUGGUGCACAGUUCUGUCCCAAGGUGUUGGUGAUAUUGGCUGUAGACAUGUCUGCCUUCCCUCCAGUAUAAUGCAACUAGAUGGCACUCGGCUUGUGGUGCUCAAAGCGCACUCGACAGCGAUGUCUCCUUCCAGAAAUCAUGACCUGUUUACUCAAGAUAAUCCACAGACCGUGUUGUGAGCAGGUUUAUAUAGGAACUAUUUUCUUUCUACUAAACUACACCCUCCAACCAUAUCAUUGCACAGAAGGAGGUUCAUCUACUGCUAGCUCACCUAGCACCACUGAGCUAGCUAACGUUACAGCUCAGCCAAGGGGGACGUUAUUAAUGUUGACAUCACGAGCACAAGACUCUCCUCCAUGAGUUGAGGCACGCUUUCCAGCAUGAGAUGUAACAGAGCUGUAAAGUCAGCUAGCUAAGUGGUGCUAGUGAGCUAGCUGUAGAUGCACACUUCCUUCUGCGCAAUGAUUCGGUUGGUGGGUGUAGUUCAGUAGGAAAAAAAAUAGUUUCUACAUGAAACUGCUCACAACAAGGUCUGUGGAUUAUCUUGCGUAACAGGGUUGUGAUUUCUGCAAAGAGACAUUGCUGUUGAGUUUUUUAAAUGUAUUUUUUGGUGCUUUGAGCACCACAAGCUGAGUGCCAUCUAGUUCCAUAUACUGGAGAAAAGGCAGACAUCUCUAUGGCUGAUUUGCAUAAAUACGUAUUUUUGAUUUGGGGGUGAACUGUCCCUUCAUACUGUCACGAGAUCGAAGAUCUCCUGCCUCAGAAAAUGUGUUAUUUUUGUCACAUUUUUUUUUUUU